AAAGUGCGGGGGAGGAUGAGAUGGGGCUGACGGGACUCGGGAGGGGGAGCGGAGGAAGAGGAGGAAGGCAAAUCGAGGGUGUGGGGCGGUAAAGAUGGGAGGCGAGUAACUUUGGCCGCGGGGCGUGAAGUGGGAGAGGGGAGGGGAGAUAAGAAGAUCAAAGGGGAAGAGUACUCAUUAGACCAUGCCUGCUGUCUUUCGCCUUUACAAGCCGUAAGCCCUCUGGCAGUCCAUCGGAUCGACUCAUCAGAACGAGCGGAGGCUCUGGGGGACAUUCAUUUUGAGUCGCGCAGCGAGGAGCUCAGAGCGAAAGCGAAACUCGAGUGCCUGCGCUUGUCUCAGAAAGAGAUUGCAAGCUCUCUGUCCUCGGCCUAGGACUUUUUCCGCGGAGCGCGCGCGCGUACCCUCGUCCUUCGAGUUUGCUCUACGAAGCUCGCAGUCUUCCGUCAUUGGCCUCGCUUUCUGCACUCGAUAAACGUGGUUGGUAGAGCAUAAAGUAGCAACUGGUCCUCCUCCUCGUCGAGGUCCGUGUGCAUUGCGAAGCGAUAGGCGCUCGAGGAUGUGAAGGUCGAAAUCGCGAAUCGAGGGCGUGUGUCAGUCGUUGGCAUUGCAACUCCCGUUGGUUUUCGUGUUCUGCGUCCGGGAGUCGAAGGCAGGCCAGCUGACUGACAGCUUGGUGCUACUCUCAGCUGAGCCGCACGACCAUCGCCGUCGUCAAUAACAGGCCCCGAAGAGGAAGCGGGUGGAACUUGUUGCAGAGGCAGAGUGAGCGAGAGAGGGAGAGAGAGGGAGAAGGAGAGAGUGACACAUGUGUACGUAGCGUUCAAUUGAGUUUCUGGAUCCGGUGGAGUAAGAGCUCAUGAUAAAAGGUGGGAAGGGGAUCAGCUCAGCGGAAGAGCCUCUCAUCUCCUAUGAUAUCCCAGGAGAAAUUUGGUUUUAAGUCUGCACGAGAUUCGCAUUAUUCUCCUCCCAAGCAGAGGGCACAUCACCAGACAUCGGCUUCUGUGGGACUAAUUUAUGAUCCAAACACGGGCAGCUUGCGAUACCCCAAGCCGGGCACUUACAGUCAACACCUGAAGAGAGAGAAGCUCGCUGGCAAUGUUGCGUUUCCAAUUCAAGCUGCUGGUAAAGGCAUCUUAACAUCCGGUAAAGAUCGCGAUAUACUCAUUGUAGAUGGAGGCCACUACGACCAUCAAGUCUCAGAUGACAGCCACUCGAGCCCUAGGUGUGUGAUAAGCAAUUGCAUCUUAGAGAGCAGUACCUCCACGAGCCCAGCAGGAUCGAAGGCGGUGAGUGAAAUGGACGAUUAUUCCGAUGUCAAGCAGUUGAUUACGCACAACCGAAGCUCUUCUCCUUCCGACGCCGACGACGAAGCUUUUUUCGGUCCAUUGAAUGGACAAAAGAAUAUCGCGCCGUCCGGGUUUCGAUCAUUGGAUGGGCCUCACGGGGGCAAUUUGGACAACCUUCUCAGACCGAAAAACGCCAAAGCAAACGGGGAGCUCGGGCAGAAAAUUUACCAGGUGACGGGGAUGCACACCAGGAGCAUAUCGACCUCCGCCGUCCCAGGCCUCGACAGUCCGUCCUUUCAGUCCAAAGCCGGACUCCUGGAAGCUCUGGAGAGGGAGCCGAUGCACCUAAACGGCAAACCUAGCACCAUCGCCAAACCGAACCCAACCUCGUCCGACGGGCCCCUGAUUGACACCACUAGCUUAGGAGGUGGCCCCCCUAUGAAAAGUAUGAAGGCCAGGGGUGCGCAAAGCUUGAGCGGCUCCCGAGAACUUCUGGGCAUGAAGGAGAAUGGGUGGACUUCGGAGCUCGAAGCAGCGCACCAGCAGGGAGCAGCCGCGAAGAAUUCGCCCUUGGACCCCAUUCUCGAGAGUUUGAUGAAGGCUUCCAUGUCGAAGGACGGACAGAUGAUUCCGUUCAAGCAACAAAACCAGGUCGGCGAGAAGAUCGAGGAGAUCAAGAGAAGGAAUGGUAUGAAUCCCUCCGGCAAAACUAGUGUACAGAAUAACAGUUUCUCUCACGGAGGCACUGGCGCCUUUUCCUUCAACCAGACACACGUCGUGCGGGUCGCCGAUGCGGAUUUCCUAGACUAUGACAGUAAUUACGAUAGUGUUAGCAAUUCUAGUUUCGACUUCAACAGGGGCGACAUGAAAGGUGUGCACAGGACCGUCUUGAGCUCCUUCCAAAAGCCUGCCCCCUCCAAAUGGGACGACGCCGAGAAAUGGCUGUCGAGCGAGCCCCCCGCCAAGGCCAAGGCCAAGAGCGGCCCGCAAUCGAAUCCCCUGGCGCAGACAGAAUUAGCGCUUUCGAAGAAAGCAGCCUUCUUGAAUCAGGCCGGCCGCCUGAUACCCAACAUUUCGCAGCUCGCCAGAGUCGCCACUGUCUCCAAUGCGGGCACGUCCAGCUCGGACGCCUCGUCUUCAGGGGACGUCGGCGGCCACAACGACGGGGAAGAGCUAAUGUCCGACCGGUCGAAGCACGAGCGCACGAAGAAAAUGGACACCAUGAAAUUCAUCAGCGGUCAGGAAGACGCGGGCAACAACAGGUUCGACUUCCUGCCUGCCACCGGCAUACCAGUGGGCAAAGGACGAGCCAAUGCGAGCUCCCUCGACCGAUAUCCCUUAGAGGAUUUGUUCGGCAGAGACAGCGGCGACGCCAAGGAAGGAAGCACCUCGCCCGAUGCUCCGCUUUUGGAUCUGGACCCGGCUCUUCGGACAGAGAAGCCCACGUCCGAUUCGCCACCCAAAGAAGAGUCGCCCCCGAAGGUGGAAAUUGCGAAGCCGGAGCAACCGCUGCCCGUGAGCGAACCGUCUCCGAAGGUUUGCAUGAGGGACAUGGGCACGGAAAUGACUCCAAUUGCGAGCGUGGAACCGUCCAGGGCUCCGACGCCAGUGUCGGCGAGAACUCCCACAAUGCGGAGCCCGUCGUCCUCGCGUCCGGCCACGCCGAGCCGGGUGGUGCCGACAUCGUCACCGAGCUGCGAGGGCAAGGACGGCGAGAAGGAGAGGAAGGUGUACUACACGGACAAGGAGCUGCAGUCGAAAACCCGUCAAGAGAUUUUGGCUCUGGGGACUCAAUUGGGCAAGCACAAUAUCGCCGCGUGGGCCACCAAGGAGGAGGAGGAGGAGGACGCUUUCAAGAGCUUGAAGAGUAGUGUGGAUCUAGAAGAAGUACGGAAAAACGUAAUUGCCACCCGAGCGGCCGCCUGGGAAGAGGCGGAGCAGGCCAAAUACGUCGCCAGAUACAAGCGAGAAGAGGCCAAAAUCCAAGCUUGGGAGAAUCACGAGAAAGCGAAGGCUGAAGCGGAAAUGCGAAGAAUAGAGAUGAAGAUCGAGCGGAUGCGCUCGCAUGCAAACGAGAAGCUGAUGAACAAGGUGGCGGCCACCCGGCGGCACGCCGAGGAGUUGCGGGCUGCCGCGUCAGCUCGGCGCGGAGAGCAAGCCUCGAAGACCGCCCAGAGGGCGGAGUACAUCAGGCGGACGGGCAAGGUGCCAGGAUCCAUGUUCGCCAACCUGUGCUGCUCCUGACGCGAGCGACGAGCCCCGUCGACGCAGCCUAGCCACGCGAGCCUCGACGACACGACUCGACCCGACCCUCUGACCUGACCCGACUCAACCCGACCCGACCCGACCUGACCUGACCGACCUCAACGACUCCGCAACUUCUAGAGCCAGUAUUUACGAGAGAUUGUUGUGAAGAAGAUUCCUCGUCUCGUCUGCCACGUUGCAUUACGUUCCGCGAAAUUGCGUUCGCUCGUCAUUAAACAUUAGUGAAGGGUUUAGAGUAUACCAAGAGUAGGAGCAGCUAGCUAGCGACCGAGAUCGCGAUUUGUCCGCCAGCCAUUCAUUCCUUCGUAGAUUAUUGCCCUCUCUGUGCCAGGCCCGCUUACUGUAGAUGAAAAUUUUCACCCAACUCGUAGCUUAGCCCAGCUUAGCUUGUGAGACACUUAAACCGCGUGCAUGAAUGCCCUGUGUAAUAGAAUUCAAAUUUUGUAUCUAAAUCUGAAUCGCAUUCGAGCCUCUCC